AUGACAAGUCUGAGUAACUGUACAAGUGACCCAUUUCUGUCAUUAUCUUUUUCAAAUAACUAUACAAAUUACGACUGCCUCAUACCCUUCCCAAAUAACUAUACAAAUUACGACUGCCUCAUAGCCUUCCCAAAUAACUAUACAAAUUACGACUACUAUACAAAUUACGAAUGCCUCAUACCCUGCUUAAAUAACUAUACAAAUUACGACUGCCUCAUACCCUGCCCUAAUAACUAUACAAAUAACGACUGCCUCAUACCCUGCCCAAAUAACUAUACAAAUUACGACUCCUCAUACCCUGCCUAA